AUGGCAGCUACUGCAUUUUACUGUAUUCCCCUUAUUGUCUGUGCUGUAUUAGCAGCAACGCUAACAGAAACAACGAGCGACAACAAUAAUAUUGGCUGCAUUCCCAGCUGCAAAUCUGAAGAUAUAUCGAACACCACCCAGGACAAAAACAACAACAUCGCUAGCAGCAAUCCAAACAAAUACAACAACAGCGACAAUAAAAAGAAAUCUACGCGCAGUGACGUCAGUCAGCUUCAUAGUGUCGACAGUGACGGCAACAGCAACAACCUCAAAAAAAGCAACAACAACUACGUUAAAGGAAAGUUCAUUCGCAUUCAUUUCGGAAUAGUACGCACUGGUAACAGAAGUAACAGCAAUGACAGUAAAAACAACAACAACAGCAACAUUAACAAAAGAUUUAUUCGUACUCAUUUUGGCAGAAAACUUGAAAACGGCAACGUCGAUAACAGCGUCCGUACCUCUCCAAACAACGAUAUCAGUAAGGAACUCAUCCGCUUCAGACCACUUUCUGAGCUAAAAAAUAGGAACAAAAAAGAUAAUUACAGCAACGAUAAAGAGAUAAUUACUCAGAACAGUAUCACGGUAGAACUGUUUAGCAAUGGCAGUUUAAACGAAAUGAACGGCAUCAUCUACAUCAAUCCCAGCGGCAGCUACAAAAAAGACGAGUUAUUUUUAACGGACUGUUGCGAAUUUCUUACCAAUAGUGACAACAUUAGCAACAAUAUUUCAAAAAAUAGUAGCGACAAUAAUAAGGGGAAGUUCAUCUGCGUUUAUGACAAUAACAGUAACAUCCCGAAGUACAGUGAAGUGGACAGCAACAGCGGCGAAAAGGGAUGGAUAUUUCCUUUUUGGCACCCGAAAGCAUUUGAUGACAGAAACAACACUGACAUCUUUAAAAGCAACGAGGAAAUAAGCGAUGAAAAGAAUGACAUUUGUAUUUAUGAUAUAACAUUUAACGAGAAUAAAAGCAGUGAUAGCAGCAACAUAAAAGCCAAUGACGAGGACAAAAACAACAACAGUAACGGCAGGAAAGGAUGGAUCGCUUGGUCACCUAACUGGCUACUAUUUGACGACAGCAAAAAAACUACUGACGACAUCAGCAGCAAAGAAGGAAAAAUCAAUCGCAUUCAUUCUCGUUUACCGUUUGAUAAAAGCAACAGUAGCAACAUUAUUGAAAGCAAAAGCGAGAACAGUGAAGAUAAAAAGGAAUUUAUUCGCACUGACGACAGCAACAACAGCAGCUGUAAAUGGAAGAUCAACUGGACUGAUUCCAGACGCAUAUCUGACGACGGAAAUAAAACCAGUAGCAACAUCAUGAAGAAUAGCAGCAUGAAGAGCAGAAGCAGUGCAAGGGAUUUCAUAACAAUUUCUAGUUGUGAGAAAUUUAGGGACACCAACAGUGCCAGCAAUAAUACUCAGAGAAAUAUUGCUGUACAAUUAAUUGGCAACAUCAGCUCAAGCAAAAUGUGCGGCCCCGUCAGCAUCAGCCUCGACCACAGUCUUUGUUCCAAAAGUAUCAGUGACAUCGACAACAAUAACAGCAAGGACAAAAAGACCCGCAUCCACAACCGCUGGGUAAUCAAAAUCCACAAGAGUAACAGCAUUCUAAUGAGCAACAACGAGGCGAAAAACGCUAAAAAUUAUUUCAUAAUGAUUCAUUCUGGAUCAACGUGUAUCGGUAGCAAAAGAAACAGCAGCAAUGGUGACAACUCCAUCGAAUUCAUCCGCAUUUAUUUUGCAAGACGAUUUGUUACUAGACAUUACAGCAACACUGACUUCCUGAAAAACAACAACAAGACCCAAAGCAGCGAUCAAAAGAAGUUCAUCCACAUAAUUUUCAGCGAGAAUUCCAGCUACAACCGUAACAACACUAACAACUCUAAUAAUAACGAGACCAACAACGAUCAUAACAAAGAGAAAUCGCUCUGCUUCCAAUUCGGUGAUAAGUUUGAAAUCAGUGGUUGCAGCAUUUUGAGAUUCAACGAUGAAAACAGUAACAGUGACACUAAGAAAUACAUUCUCAUUCAUUUGAACAAUGUUCGUGACAACAGCAGUAACAAAGGCGGCAUCCUGAACUGCACCGAGGAGGAUAAGAGCGAUCAAAAGGGAAGGAUAAUUUGCUUUCCUUCCUGGUUGUUUAGUGGCACUAAUAAGAGCAACAGCUUUGAAGGCAACACCGUGCACGAAGACGCUAAGAACAAACACGUUUACAUUCACUUUUGGCAAAGGCGUGACGACAGCAACAAGAGUAGCAGAAGCGAUAUACUUAAAAGCAGUAACGAGGAAAAAAACACCGAUAAGGAAGGGAAAUUCAUUAACCAUCGUUUUAUCUUAGUGAUUGGUAACAGAAAUAGCAGCAACUUCAGAAGAAACAAUAGCGAGGGUGAAAACGAUAAAAAGAAGUUCAUUCGCAUAAAUUUCGGCAUAAUAAUUAAUAGAAUCAAUAAUGUCGGUAGUACUGUCCUGAAAGCGAACAAUAAGAAUGACAGUAAGAACAGUAAUAAAAAGUGGUUUGCUUGGAGUCGCUCUAGAUAUUUAUUUAACGACAGCAAUAAAACCCUUAAAAAUAGUUUCCAGGAUGACAAAAGCAAUGCAGCGAAGUUCAUCAGCAUUCACUUUCUGGAAAAGUAUAGCGACAGCAACAACAAUAUCAAUGUCAAAUUGCUUAGCAGUCAUAGCUCAGUCGAUAUUAACGGUUUCUUUAGUACCGACCUCAACGACAGACUUUGUUUCAACAACAGCAGUAGGAACAACAAUGAAAAGAAGUUUCUUAUCUAUAUGUGUUGGGCAAAUCCUUGUUACAACGGUAGCAACGCCGUUAAGAAUCAAAACGAAGCCUACAACGGUGAUAAAAAGAAAUCCACAAACAGUAUUUUCCGGGAAUUUUCUAGCUACAGCGAUAACAAUAGCAGAGAAGCCCUUAGAAAGAAUAAUGUGGGCAACAAUGGUAACAAUAAUGAGAAGUCUCUUCACAUUAAAUUCCGAAUGAAGCUCGACGACAACAAAAACAAUGUCAUCGAAUUCCUGAAACCCAGCGUCAACGACAGCAUCAGUGAUACCAAAAGGAAGUUCAUGCACAUUCAUUUUGGUUCAAAGUAUCAGAAGAACAAUAACAGCAACGUCAGCGUUCUGAAGAACAGCGAAGACAACACAAACAAGAAACCCAAGCUGGAAUGCACUGGGCGGGCCCAUGCGAUCAUGCGCUUUUGCAUCGGACCUGAAUUACUCAAGUCAUUAACUGUAUGA